CAAAUAGCCAGAAAACCAGCACCAUAUAUCUAAUAUCUACAAUAAUGGGCCCGAUCCAAAUUCCAAACACCAUCCACACCCUAGCAGUAGCAAGCACUCACUCUCUGUUUUCUUCUCUUCCUCUCUUUGCCAUUUUUCUCCGUCUCCGCUAAAGGGAACACAAACCAGAAACCAAUUACCAUAUCCCAUCUGCUGAAGUUCCUUUUUCUCCCUUUCUUCUGGUAAUAAACUAUAACUAACUAACUAUGGUGCGGGGAGACCAUGUUAUCGAGGACGAGGAUGAAAACUGCCGCCGGCAGCUGUAAUCUGGGCUUCUCACCCUGACGGCGAGCCAGGACGACGUCGUAGUAGCUGGCGGCGGUGGCAUUACUCCGGCUGUUGUUCUGACUACCUUGGUCGCCGUCUGUGGUUCAUUGGCUAGCGGGUGUGCGUAUGGAUACUCAUCGCCAGCAGAGUCAGGAAUCAUGGCUGAGAUGGGAAUGUCUGUUGCACAAUACUCAACUUUUGGCUCAAUCAUGACACUUGGAGGAAUGUUGGGUUCAUUAUUCAAUGGCAAGAUGGCAGAUAUCAUUGGCAGAAGAUAUACAAUGUGGGUAUCUGCAUUGUUCUUCCUAGUUUCAUGGUCUACAAUAGCAUUUGCCAAGGUGUUUCAGUUCAUGAUUACCUUUGGUUUUUCGCUAGCCUAUGCGGUGGGAACAAUCAUCUCGUGGCGAGCAUUGGCUCUACUUGGUGAUAUUCCAUGUCUGCUGCAUGUUGUGGGUAUAUUCUUCAUCCCAGAGUCUCCAAGAUGGUUGGCAAAGCUGGGGAAAGACAAAGAGCUAGAAGCAACUCUCAAGUACCUAAGGGGAAAUGCUAGUGCUGAUGAUGUUUCCCAAGAAGCACUUGAAAUUAAAGAGCACACAAAGCUCUUUGAGAGCCUUUCAGAGAACAGAAUCCAAGACCUGUUCCAGCACAAAUAUGCUGAUGCACUCAUUGUGGUUGCUGGACUAAUGGUGCUUCAAGAGUUUGGCGGAACCAAUGCAUUUUCAUAUUAUGCUGCUUCUAUAUUUGAAAUGGCGGGUGAGCUCAAAUCCUUCUUCUGUUUUGGUUGCUUGCUAUCCAUUCUUGGUUGUGAAUUAGGAAUGAAGCAAAUGCUUGAUCUAUGUCGUAGGUCUUUCGGGUACUUUUGGGAUGGUAUCAAUUGCCAUUAUUCAGAUAUCUGCAUUAGGGUUGUUCUUGAGUACCUUCUUGCUUGGACUUGCAUUCUUGAACUUGGCAAGUCUGGGACUAUUGUUGCCCUCUUGGCAUGUAUUGGCAUGUUGGGACUUCCAAUAGCUUUCUCACUAGGAAUGGCAGGGUUGCCAGGAGUUGUAAUGGCUGAGGUGACAUUGACUUUACUUGUUUUUGUUGUUGCUUCUGCUGCUGGGCAGGUGUUUCCUAUAAACAUAAAGGGCACGGCUGGAAGCCUAGUAACAUUUCUCAAUUGGUCAUCAUCUUGGAUUGUCACAUACUCUUUCAACUUUGUUAUGCUGUGGAAUUCAGCUGGUACAUUUUUUAUAUUCACGGGGAUCUGGAUUCUCGGGAUUUUGUUUAUUGCAAGGUUUGUGCCAGAGACUAAAGGUCGAUCACUGGAGGAACUACAGACGUCGAUAACUCACAUCAUGUAGUCAUGAAGAAACAGGAUCAAAGUGAUUAUUAAUUAGAAUUAGUUUUUGAUACGUAAAAAGUUUUGUAACUAUGAAAUUAUGUCCAUUUUUUAAUAUAUGCUUCUGUAUCAUAUUAUUACAAACUUCAAAACAUAAAUAACUGAAUUAUCCGAAAUAUAAAAAUUUGAUCUUGUCACGAUCCGUUAUUCUCAUUUGUAAAAUACAAGGAAUCAAAUAU